GAGGAAUGAUCCAUGUUAUCGUACAAUUGAGAUGUGAGACAUUCUCUGGCUCAGAAAUGUGCAAGKCCUAAACACAGCUUGAGGUUAGUUCAAGUGCUUUAAAUCUGUAUGAGUAAACCACUCACAGGAAAAGAGAGGCAGGAAGUCAUAAACAGAGAAGACUGUGAUUUUAAGAGCUUUAACAAGAUGAUGAAACAACAGAGAAAAACAGAGGUCAUUUUUGUCUGGGUCUUAGCCAUCUGGCUCUCUUCAGUUGUCAACAGUGAAAUGGAGCUGAGAACCAGUACUGAGGUAAAGGCUCAGUGUGAUCAGAAUGUGUCCCUGCAGUGUGACAUCAUGUCAUCAAGCCCACUCAAGAUCAUUCUCUUUUCCUGGGUAAGGAAAAUGAAACAGCUGUGUGUGGUCAAUGCCACUGGUGUAUURUCCUUUCCUGGCMUCCGGUGUGACAACACAAACAYCACCCUCACACUCAAUCUGACUCGGGUGAUGCCGUCCAGUCAGGGUAACUACACCUGCAAACUGCGCUCCAACCUAACGAUCACAGCUGCCAACACCACUGUGACAAUGCAAGAGUGCCUAAGGACAUCUGAGCACAAAGUGUUCCAGAAUGAGUCUCAGGUUGAGUGCCAGUUAUUUGGAGUUUACCCAGAAGGCACAGUACACUGGUUCCUGGGCUCUGAGAAUAUAACAGAGUCGGCCAGCACAAAGAGCCAGCUGGAUGAAGAGGGGCUGUUUGAUAUAAGGAGUACCCUGCCAACCCAGGCUAGGAGUGAGCCUUACAACUGCUCCUUGUGGAUACCUAGUAGUAGAACCUACAGCUCUCACAAACAGCUGCACUACUCCAAGAGGGAUCUCUUCAGGGACAAGGACUAGGAGCAGACUGCUGUUGGUCUUCAUCCUGGUUGGACUCAUAAUCAUAACAUAGGACUAGUCAUGGGAAGGUCAGGAGGUUUUUUACUGAACAUGGGACUUGGAACUACAGUAGGGCAAAGGGCUUUCCUGGUCAGGGCACAUCUACACAGGAUGGAUCAGGGCCUUUCUCUUACUGAGUGAAGAGAAAGAAAACCUGGACUGCCAUGGCCAAAGAGAAUAUAUGUUUUCACUUUUUAUACUGGGAAGCAAAAUAUCAAAGAAAUUACAAUAAAUACAAUUGAAUUUUAAAACUGAAAAUCAUUGUACAUUGGGAUUUGAGAAUAGUGUAAGAAGUAUUCAUCKGUUCUCAUCUUGUUCAUUGUUUGUCUUCAACGUUAUACACUUGCUUAAAUUGCAUUGCUUAUUACAGUAGUAGAAUACUGCUUCCUGGUGGUGAAAGUGUUUACUGACGGAAAUAGUAUUGCUGUUAGAUGAGUAAUAAAGCUGUUAUAAAUUGUAUUGUUGAAUUGACUGAUCUUGCUUAUUAAGUCUGCCAUAUCUUGUUGCUGUGUUUUCCAGUCAGAACUGAUUAGACUGAUUAUAUAAUAAUCAAUGCAAUGUCAAAACAUGGCUAGAAGGACAUGUUACUGUGUGUUCUGGAUUCUAAAAUACAAGUUGUAUUAUACCAUAGCAAAUAUAGUCACCCCUGUUGUUUUCUGUACCAGUUCUCAAUUAAAUGCACCAGACCACUGAUGGUACUCAUGACAUUGACAGUUAAAGAAUGAGGACUCAUGGUCAUUCAAA